UUGGCUCAGCAAGCAGUAGUUGAGUCUCGUGCGUCACCCAUUUAGGGGAUGCAGUAUUCAUGGCAGGCAUUUUGCCCUACGCUUUUUUGUUGGCAGUGAGCCAGUGGUUUGCUGACAGCACGUUUAUUUGCAGAGAAGAUUGGCCCUAUGGCUUCAGUCAGGAGCAAGUCGCUUUCUUUGGCUACCACCACGCAGUGGGACAGUGCAAAGGUGACCCGUUCGUGAUUGCCAGCACAGGGCUCGAGCAGAUUGAAGCUUGGACAAGCAAAGACCAUGAAGGCAUCGCUUUGAGACUCAGGUACUCUAUUGGAGGUGAAGUGGCCCGCUUUGCCGGAGAACCAAACUUUUCAAGCCCCGAAUCUCACUGUGACUUUGUUGGGCAGAAGCUUGAUAAAGUCAUUGUGUUCACCACGAAGGUUCAAAAGAAUCAGACCUAUCACAACACAGAGGGCAGCCCGAUCACUCCGGAAUCUCCAUACAUUCAAGGAAUCGAAUUUGUUCAAGAUGACCAGCGCUGUUUGAUUGGCAAAGACCAAGGGCUCGGCUACCACUUCUCCCCCAACUAUCGCUUCCACUUGCUGGGCCUAUGGGGUCGAGCGUCGACGUCGAUCACUCAAAUUGGGGUUUUGAUGCAGCCCUUGCAACACCGAGAAGUUUGGGCAGGUCGCACCGUUUUUUUACCCGACUAUGCCCAGAGUGUCGCCUACAAUGAAGAUGGGUCCCUGCGUUGCGCUGGUGGCACUUCAGGUCGCUUCUUUGUAGAUGUCUCGCACAAAGGGAUUCAAGAGCUGGGAGUCUAUGCCGGUGCAGAAGGAUUGAUUACAGCUCUGCGCUUUCGAUUUGUGGGCUCUGAGGAAUACAUUCGCAUUGGCCAGGCUGUAGACCUCUCCAACGUUGAUGAGCAAUGCACACUCCAUUUCAGCCCAAAGGAAGUCUUAGUCUCGUUGCGGCUGUUCCAGCAUCCCACCUGGGACUUCUUCGGGCGCUUGGAGCUUCAAACAUCAAACGGUCAGAGCUGCGAAGCGGGGGAAGGGGAUCCCAACCGGAGCAUCGCACUGGAGGGCUCACAAAACAACACUGCGCUCUUGGGCUUUUGGGGCACCCAAGGUGAUGCCAUUGACUGCCUUGGCGCACUGGUUGGAAACACGACCUCUAUGUUGACCGACCCUGACCCUGGCACAAUUGCUUUGGACGCCUACAAUGCAUUGAUAGCCGUCUUUGCUGGAGCUGUGCUGGUAAGCGCUGGUCUUGUCCUAUGGUUUCGACACCGUCACGACCGCGCCUCUCGCUUGCAGAAGCUGGGGCGUUUGCAACGCAGCGUGAGCAAACUGGAGGACAUUCAUCAGGAGUUGGACCGCACUAACUACCAAUGCCUUGCAUGGCUUUUGUCUUUCUGGGCAGCUGCCCGGAAGCGGCGAGCGCACCGCUUGCUGCAGGAGGCAGCUGCGAGCGCCGCUGGUGGGCCAGUCUUUUGGGGCCUGACAGUGAUGCAGCUUUCUGAGUUCUACCAGCAGCAUGAUGCCUAUUUAAUAGACUACUGCUGCGACCACGUGCUGUCACAUGCUGGAUUUGAGCAUGUAUGCUUGAGGAACCCUUGCCCUCAUCGUCAUGGAAGUUGCAUAUUUCGACAACCUGCCUUGGCAGAAGAUGUGAGAAGCCUGCCACGGCUCGUGCCUAAUAUGCACGUGGUGGUUCCACUGCUGGUCAAGCCAGCCACAGAAGUACACGAUGGAAUCUAUGGCCUCGCCACACUGGCAAAUCUCGAAAGCCCCAAGUCAGUGGAGACCUUUGUGUCCCAUUGCUGGAGUGAGCCAUUUCAAGACUUCGUGGCCACUCUUGAGACGAUUCGCUUGAAUACCGUCGUAUGGGUUUGCAGCUUUGCCAUUCCACAGAACAUGGACAUCAGCGAGCAGCUGAAGUCUGAGCCCAUGAGCUCCCCUUUCGCCAUCGCACUACUGAAAGCUGAGUGCGUCCUCCUGGCAGUGGAUGAGACCUUUGAGCCGUUGACCCGCUCAUGGUGCUGCUAUGAGCUCUACUUGGCCAUCUCAAAAGGAACUCGGGUGGAAAUCCGCGGCGGCACCAACAAUAAAGGCUUCUACGGGAAGCUGGCGGCAGCGAGCCAAACUGUGGACAUUCGUCAUUGCCGUGCCACUGACUCCCGGGACCACGCGAAGAUCAUGGCUGCGUUGAAGGGCUCGGAAGACUUGGUGAACCGGAAGAUCCGGGAACGUGUAGAAGAUACAGCUCAGUUUGUGAAGGCACUGACUUAAUAAGUUUAGUAUAGAAGUCACGAGAUGUCUUCAUGGUUUUUCAUGAUUUUCGACCGCUCUAGGCAACUUGCCUCGAAGGGCGGGUGGAUGUGCACCCCCAUUGCAAAGUGUCCAAGACAUGGUUUUGAAAACGUGUUGAGAAUUUUGAAGGGCCAGCACUGGGCACCCACAAAAUGGAUCAAAGAUUUGCGCCGCUUGUCAUCUUUGCAUGGCUGCACGGGAGAAAGCUGAGAUUAGACCCAUGAGUGGUGCUCUCAAGCAUUGUACAGCAGUGACUUUUGUGGCUGUCAGUCAGCCGUUGCUUCGUGAAUUCGCACGAGCACGACAAGUGCUUUCUGCUUGCACGGCGUGAAGUCGGGAGUGUUCGAAGAAUGGGUUUAGCUGGUGACACAUG